GCUGGGUCGUUCGAUCGCAAGCUGGCGACCAGCAAGACCUGCAGGCGAUGCACGGAAGGGAGAGGCACGCUGCGGCACAGGCACUUCGCCUGCAACGCGGCGGAGCACUACAGGCGCGACGCGCGCCCCAAGGUCACGCAGGCCUGGAUGAUGCCCCACGAGAGGCCAGAGAAGGACGAGGUCAGGUGGGUGGCGCGCCCGCCCGAGGGGGUCUUCCGAGGCACGGUGUUCGUAGACGCGUCAGCCACCGACCCGACGGACGAGAUCCUGAGGAGGGCUGGAUGGACCAUAGUACAGCACAGCGGGGGGGGGCAGGUCACAGGAGCGGCGCGCGGCACAGCCCCACUGGCGUGGGCGCCCAUGCAGCUGGCGAGGGACGGCGAGGACCACGUGUUCCACUUCGUGCAGGGCUGCGCGCACAGCGGCCUCGAAGUGGAGGUCAACAAGGUCAAGGCGCACAAGUCGAAGGCAGACUGCGUCACGGAGACAGAGAGGUGGGCGCGCGAGGGCAACGAGCAGGCGGACCUCCUCGCCAAGGGUGCGCACUUCCUGGCCAAGCAGACGGCGCGCUGGAUCGCCCAGUCGCAGGUCUUGUGGCAGGACCAAGUCGAGGACGUGGAGGGCACCCCGAAGGAGCUGUGGAUAGAGCUGGAGGAGAUGCCGCCCGACCUCCAGGCGGCAGUCGACGCGGGCAAGGCCGAGAAGCAGCAGCUAGAGAAGGUGGCUAAAGCGGAGGCGGCAACGGAGGUGGAGAGCAAGCAGGCCGAGCUCGAGCCCAUCAUUGUCUGGGAGGGGCACCACCUCAGAGAGCACCGCUGCGAGACAGGGGAGAGGGGCCUGACCUGCCGAAGGCGCGCGGCCAACGGCGUGCAGGGGCGCACACAGGUCAAGCAGCGGCGCAAGGAGCUGCUGUUCCAGGAGUGCAGAGAAAAGGCUAAGGGCUGCAAGGAGCAUCUGAGGAGGCAGAGAAAAGGCCUGCACCCCGUGCCCUGCAGGAGAAGCAGUAAGUGCGACUCCCUGGAAGGGAUCGCGAGCGGCCUCAGGCAGGAGCUGGCAGAGGUGGUGGGCGAGCAGCAGCCGGCCGCUGAGGAGGAGCUGGAGGCGCCGAGGCAGGUGACGGCCCCUUGCGACGGCAAAGAGGCGCACGGAGGAGCUGUGCGCUUCAAGCCGCUGGCCGACGCCGCCAAGGCCCACGGUACCGACGAGGACGGCCUGGUGGCCCUCGGACGGAGAGCGAGGGCCGCCAAGGCGGAGGCGGCGAGAAGCGAGGACGCCUGCCCUGAG